AGGACAACUUUCUUUCGAACCGCCGCGGCCUACCCACGAGCAUCACAACAAAGUUUAUACAUAACAGUAUGCGGUAUUUGUCGGUUGAAUUUCGAAUCGUUAUGUUCCUCUAGUUGUGUACCUGUUAGCUAUCGAACACGUGCUCAGUAGCGAACGAGUGAACGGUGAAGAGUACAAAUGAACUAGAGCAAAAAUGUUCCAAGCGAUGUUAUUACGGUGUUCACCAUUGAGGGAAGUGAUGUUCGCAAUAGAAGACAUUUUGACCGACGUUACUUUCGAAUGUACUACCAGGGGUAUAGAUGUCAAGGCUAUGGACGCUGCUGGCUUCACUUUAGUGUACCUUUGUCUAAAAAGCGGUGGUUUCACUGAAUACAAAUGCCGCAGAAAUUUUUCAACACGCGUAAUUCUCGGCCAAAUAUGCACCAUGUUUAGAGCUGCCAGCCCAGACGAUUCAUUUUGCAUGAAAGCGACGGAUAAUCUUGAGAGCAUUUUGUACGUAUUUCAAUCAGCAAUCACAAAGAGAUAUGUUUGGUACAAGAGAAAAAUCAUAAACAUGGAUGACGAACUUCUCGACGUUCCCAAUGCACCGUAUUUGUGUAUCAUACGCAUGUCGUCGCGGGAAUUAGCCAAAGUCUGUACGGAUUUAAGCACAAUCGGAAAAUUGAUAACAUUAUCAACUUCUCCUGAUAGCAUCAGGUUCACUGCCUCUGGAAAUAAUAGACACGUUGCCUACGAGUUAACAGAAACGAAGCCCGAGCUGAACGAAGAAAACGCAGUUGUUAUCAAUCAGCACGAACCUGUGAGUUUAACAAUCACACGGUGCUACGCUAUCAAUUUCGUGAAUUCUGUGCCUCUCAAUGAACGAGUGCAAUUAUCCAUGGCGAGAGAAGGGCCUCUGGUUUGCGAAUAUAGAAUCAGCGAUCUUGGAUACCUCAGAUUUUAUAUGGCUCCGAAAACAGAAGGGGAUGACGAUUUUCAAGAGAUGCUAGAAGACAGUUGUUAAAAAAUACUUUUGAGCUAACACGUUUAAAUUGUACAUUUAAAAGUCAUUUGGUUAUGUCAUAUGGUUAUGUUGGCACGACGUAGAAUUGCCGCUUUCAAGGUUUCAAGCUUUCGAGGUUCAUAGUAAGGAUGACACGAUCGUGAUUUUCUAUUUACAUUCUCGUAAUAAUUAUUUAUAUCGUUAGUUUUCGUAUCGUUAGAAGAAUUCGAGAUAUUUCCAAAACAUUUUAUAAAUAUUUCUGUUUCAAAAUAAACACUUCAAGCUUUCGUUUGAGCUAAGUUGCAUGCAAAUAGCUCCACGGAAACAUAAUUUAAAUUCUGUCCGAACUUUCCCAUUGAAGUUGCGUUACUUUUCCUGACAUCAUCGCGUUCUUCGUGUUUUCUUAAUAUUCUUUUUCAAAAUAAACUCCGAUUAUAUACCAAUCUGAUGUACCCUAUUUUAAAGCAUAAAUCUCCAGCUUUCGUUUCAGAUACGGAAGAAAGAUCCUAUAGGAUCAUAACCUAAUAUCGACAUGAAUUUACUUAAUAAUCUUUCUGCACGAAUUUAUGAACACUUUCGACGAUCUCGCGUUUAUACGCGCCGAACAUAUUUUAGCGUGUUAGAAUAUAAGUAUAUAGACAAGUAUAAUCGAUACGUAUUUUAUUUAAGGUAGCUCAGCUUUCGAUCUCGCAUCUUUUCAUUUCUUUCCCACUUCCAUUUCGUGUCACGUUCCGAACCUGUAAGUAGUACUAGUCGAUAAUGGGUCGGACGUUCCAAAAACCGUCGGAAUUUUUAUUCACCGGGGGAUGAUUUUUAUGCAACUUUGUUCAAAUGAAAGUAGGAAGUGUUUACUUUGAAGCCGGGUAACGCGGUUCGUAAAAGGAUCACACAAACAUUUUGAAAAUUUACGAAAUGUUUUGGAAAUUUCUUGAGCUUGUUUUUCUUGCGUAUACAAAAUUAUAUAAUUAUACUAUUACAAAAAUAACGUCACAAUUCAUAAACCUUACGAGAAUAAUGCCGCAGUGCUAAAAGUUGAUCAUGAUCGCGUCAAAUAUAAAAUUUAGAUAUGUUACCUUAAAAGUAUUAUUUAAGUACCGUUAAUCGUUCCUUAAACGACGCGUAUAAAAAUAUAUAUAUAUAUACAUCGUCCCUCUUCCAUACUUCGUUAAUGCCAAAGUUUCGAAAAUGCUUAGCAGGCAAAAAUGUUCAACAUUUGACUUAUUAUUGAAUCGCACUACUUAAAGAUUUAAAACAUGGUAAAGAAUGGAAGUAUGAAUGGAAAGAAAACAGGCGAGAUCGGAAGUUAAGUUACUUCAAAUAAAAUACUUACCAACAUAUGUAUACUUAUAUGCUAAAUGUGUCUGUGUUUAUAAAACAUGGAUAAUAAUUGUUAGAAAAAUUUGUGUCGAUUUUAGGAUACGUUCACGAAGGAUUUUUUUUAUACAGCUUAGCUCAAGCGAAAGGGCAUGUGAAUUUACGUAUAUCUGCUAUGCAGAUGUUGUUACAGAAAUAGUAGUAUCUAAAGAUGUAUAGUAGCUGCUUAAUUAAUAAAAAUCAUAAGUAAAAUGUCA